AUGAGGCGCUGGCACAUUUUGUUCGCAUCUCUCUUUCUCCCUACAUUGUCUUUAGUCUCUCUUUCUCCCUACAUUGUCUUUAGUCUCUCUUUCUCCCUACAUUUCUCUCUUUCUCCCUACAUUGUCUUUAGUCUCUCUUUUCCCUACAUUUCUCUCUUUCUCCCUACAUUGUCUUUAGUCUCUCUUUCUCCCUACAUUGUCUUUAGUCUCUCUUUCUCCCUACAUUUCUCUCUUUCUCCCUACAUUGUCUUUAGUCUCUCUCUCUUUCUCUCUCUCCUGAUAAUUGUUUAUGGUUUUAUUGUGUCCGUCUCUCUGUUUCUCUCCUUCACUCUUUCUGUCUCUGUUUCUCUCCUUCACUCUUUCUGUCUCUGUUUCUCUCCUUCACUCUUUCCGUCUCUGUUUCUCUCCUUGCCCUCACCUUUCUGUCUCUGUUUCUCUCCUUGCCCUCACCUUUCUGUCUCUGUUUCUCUCCCCCUCUUCCCCGCCUCUUUGUCUCCAUUUCUCUCCUUUUGA